AUGGCCUCUGCCGAAGACGAGAUGAUCUCGCACUUCUGUGCUAUCACAGGAGCCACUCCAGCUGUGGUAUCCAACAACUGGGAUCUAGAUAUGGCGAUUGCAGAAGUUUACCCAGAAGAAGAGAGGCCAGAAUCAGAUUAUGAUGACAUGGACGAUAGUCGACAGGCUGAGGCAACAGCGGGUGCUCAGGGAGUAGCAGCUUCUCACGCACAAGGAGCUGGAUCAAAAUCUAGAGCCGGUGCCAAAAAAUUUGCAACGCUGGGGGACCUUGGCUCCGGGGACGGUGGAGGCCCUCCUUCUCAUGAUUAUGACGACGAUGAACCUCAAGAUCUCUUUGCUGGAGGUGAGAAAUCCGGGCUUGCGGUCCAGAAUCCAGAUGAUAUCAAGCGAAAAAUUAUCGAAAAGGCUAAGAAGGCAAUGCCGCCUGUCGAACGUAACCCAACCCCUGCAAAAUCGCAUUUUACCGGAACUGCUCGCACCCUCGGGGGAGAUGACACUCCCAGUCGGAUCAUUGAAGAUCCCAAUGCGAAUCAGCCGCAGCCGCUCGAGCGCGUACAUCGAACUCUUCACUUUUGGAAUGAUGGGUUUUCAGUUGAUGAUGGUGACCUAUACAGAUCCUCCGAUCCUAAGAAUGCACAGAUACUAGAGGGCAUCCGACAGGGACGCGCUCCACUCUCCAUCAUGAAUGUUCAGGUUGGGCAGGAUGUAGAUGUCCAAGUAAAACAGCAUGAUUCAGACUACGUGAGACCUAAGGGGAAGUUUAAGGCCUUUUCCGGAUCCGGCCAACGACUCGGUAGCCCAACUCCCGGUGUGGUGUCUGCAGCAUCAGCAGCUGUACCACCAGCAGCGCCUGCUCCGGCUGAGGCUAGUACAGGUCCUGAGCAGCCAAAGAUCGAUGAGUCCCAACCUACGGUCACCCUCCAAAUUAGACUGGGUGAUGGCACACGGUUAACCAGCCGGUUUAACACCACGCAUACUAUUGGUGACGUGUAUCAGUUCGUGGCGGCAGCUAGUCCGGUCAGCCAACAGCGAGAAUGGGUUCUCAUGACAACUUUCCCGAGUACAGAGCUCAAUGACCGCUCUGCCAUUCUCGGAGACCUCAAGGAGUACAAGCGCGGCGGCGUCGUAGUUCAAAAAUGGACUUAA